AUGACAGAAGCUAGGGCGAAAGCGGCCUGGAGAUUCAAGCGGCAAGGGUUCGACUGGAAAUCUUUUCGAUCUAACGAUCCUGCCGUGCGCGCAAAGGUCAAUUUUUCGAACUUCGAUUGGAAACACUGGCAGGGCAACAAGCAAGGCACCAGACAGCUCGGCAAGCUUGUUGACAACCUAGAGGCGGCUCGAGCCGAGGACCGUGCGGCCGUGGGUAUAUCUCCGAGAGACGACGAUGUAUCGCGGGUUCGAGACCAUAGGGAAUGGUACACAACCCCCUCAACGAGAACCGCGCGAUAUGGCGCCGCGCCCGAAGAUGACGCAACGCCGCCACCGAAGAAGGAGGAGUGGAUGAUCCAGAAGGCGGCCAUGAAGGCCAAGUUCCCCGACGGCUGGCGGCCGCACAAGCGGCUGUCCCCCGACGCGCUGGCGGGCAUCCGGGCGCUCAACGCGCAGUUUCCGGACGUGUACACGACGCAGACGCUGGCGGACAAGUUCGCCGUGUCACCCGAGGCGAUCCGGCGCAUCCUGAAGAGCAAGUGGACGCCGUCGGCGCGCGAGGAUGAGGACCGCCAGCAGCGCUGGCACCGCCGCGGCAUCAACGUGUGGGAGCGCAAGGCCGAGCUCGGCAUCAAGCCGCCGAAGCGCUGGCGCGACGAAGGCGUCGCGCGCGAGCCCGCGUACCACGACCGCAAGAUCACGGCGCGUCGCGAUCGCGAGGAGCACGUGCGCAGGGAGCGUGAAGAGUACAUGCGCAGCUUCGCCAAGGGGAGGCGGGACGCCGGCCGUGGCGGUAACGACGACGGCGCGGCGACGGUGGAGUGGGAAUAUUCUCGGCUUGACGGCGAGACGCCGAUGGAGAUGCCGCGGCGGGGAACGAGUAGAGGGGGAAGCGGAGGAUCGGUCAACGACAGGGAGAUGAGGAGCGAGCUGAAGGGGGAUGUCUUUGACAAAACUCUUGCUUCGGAACGGCGCGACUGA